AGAAUGAGCUGAGAUUGGUGGCGCCCUCGGCGGGCCCUUUUCAAAAAGGAGAGCGAGAGGUUUCAAAAGAAGGCGAAUCGGAAGGAAAGUUUCAUUUUGAUAUCGCUUGGCGGAAGUAUCUUGUCAGCAGGGAUUUAUUUCUCCACUCGUUCUCUCAGGAAGAUGAUUCGAAUCCAACAGGUGAAGCCCUACACCAACAGCAGCCAUGCAUCAAACCGAAUCAAGCCCAACAAAGCAAAAGGCAAAAAAGGUCUUGUGGAUAUCAUCUCUGCUGGCACGAAACAAGUAUGGAAUCGAAAGUUUCCUAACACACAGAUGGAAAAAUUGAAAGCUGUCAUCAAAGAUAAAUACGGAGUAAAAUUUGAUACAUACUGGGAUUUCCACGAAUGGUCCGUUCAGAACUAUGCUCAGUUUUGGGAAGAGGUGUGGAAUUUCUACGGAAUCGUUUGUUCGAAACCAUAUGAAGUGCCGGCGAAGAAGUGUGGGGAGAGGAUUGUAGAUAUCGAGUGGUUCAGUGGAGCAAAGAUGAAUUAUGCAGAAAAUAUUCUCCGAUACAGAGACGAUACCAUUGCUCUCAUUUGCGUCGACGAAGACGGCAAUGAAGAACAGAUAACUUACGCCGAGAUGUACGAAGAAGUGAAACUGUACGCAGCAGCUUUCAAAAGAAAUGGAUUGAAGGAAGGAGAUCGUGUUGCAUGUUAUAUGUCCAACAGAAAAGAAGCCAUUUUCGCCAUGCUAGCAGCCACUAGCAUGGGUGCAAUAUUCGGUGGUCCUCUGCCAUUUUAUGGAGCGAAGGCUGUGGCAACCAUCAUGCAAAUCAUGAAUCCAAAAUUCCUCAUUACUGUGGACAGAUUCCAGUUCAACAAGGAAGAAAACAAUAUCCUUGAACGGUUGCCAGAAAUCGUUAAUGGAACCGAUUCAUUCCAGAAAGUCGUGAUAAUUCCAACAACAGAUGAUUCUGAAUUGAAAGACAUCAGUCAAGUAAAUAACAGUGUGUUUUUGAAAGAUUUCUUACAAGAUGGUCUCACACCCAAUGGGGAAGUUCCGGACUUGGUCUUCAAGCAAUUUCCUUGCAGCCAGCCAGUCUUUAUCAACUUUACAUCCGGGACCACUGGUCUGCCCAAAGGCCUUGUACACUCUGCUGCGACACUCUUGCCCCUGCUGAGAGACUUCGGUUUACAUUGUGACCUAACAAAAGGGGACGUCAUCUUAGCUAUGCAACCAGUGGGUUGGAAUCUGUGGAACCUAUACGUCGGCAACUUGGCCCUUGGCGCUACUUUACUUCUUUAUGAUGGAUUGCCAUGUUUCUUGUCCAAGCAUGGAUUCUGGGACAUCAUGGAACACUAUAAAGUCGCUUUUACUUUCCUGGUCACCAGCAUCGUCGACAUGUUCGAGAAAGAAGAGAUGGUUCCAAGACCAGGUUGUAAUUUGGACCAUUUGAAGAUUAUCGCGAUUGGAGCGAGUCCCGUCAAACUCCAGAAUGUUGAUUUCAUUCUGCAGAAGGUCAAGUCCAACGUCCUUGUGGGAUGUUUAUAUGGGGCAACGGAAGUGAUUGGAGUUUUCUCCGGUUUCGAUCUCAAUUCUCCAGUUUACAGCUCAGAAAUACAAUGCCCUGCAUUGGGAGUAGACUUACAAAUUUUCGAUGAUGAAGGAAACAAUGUAGUGGGUAAGACCGGAGAACUUGUUUUGGCUACACCUACACCCUCUUUCCCCGUUCAUGUCUUUAAUGACAAGGAUGGUACAAAAAUGCAAGAAACAUAUCUUUCCAAAUUUCCAGGAGUGUGGGCUCAAAACGAUGAAGCCUGGAUAGAUCCUGAUACCAAAGGAAUGAUCAUCAUCGGAAGAAGUGACAAUACCAUUAAACAACACGGAGAGAGGUUCGUUUCCGAAGAAAUCUAUUGGGCGAUCCACGACAUCGAAGAGAUUGCCGACAGCGUGUGUGUCGCCCAGAGCAACAGCAGUGGGGAUGGACGUUGCGUCCUCUUCGUCAAGAUGAGGAACGGUCACAUCUUCGACAAGAACAUACUCAAAAAGAUUGAAACCACUAUCAUGCAGGAACUCACCGUCUUCUAUGUGCCCGGAGUUAUAGUGGCUGUUAAAGACGUCCCGUACAACCUCAACGGCAAACGAAUGGAGAGUCUGGUGAAGAAAAUCAUUCACACUAAUCAAAUCCCUGAAGUCAGCAACGUCAGGAAUCCAGAAUGUUUGUCCGAGUACUGUAACAUUCCGCAACUGCAGAACUUCUGAGCACCAACAUCGACAGCCAAUCACAAUAAAUCUUACGUCACGGAACUCUCCAAUCAGCAUCUUUCAAGAUCUCAACUGAGGCAGUGAGAAGCAAAGGAAUGUAAGUGGCAAAAUUAAAAAUUUGGAGACAACCAGUACACAUGGUAGGUGAACUUCUCCUCUGUCUUGAAGCAAGAGGUGGUAAUAGUAUUCCUGGUAGGCGCUGCUAUACAGCAGCGCCCAGCGAUUUUGAAAAAAAUUUCAAUGAAACCUAGGAUGUUAUCUUUAAACGCGUUUCACUCAAAAUUUGAAAAUGUCCAUUUACAUCCCUUUGCUUCUCACUGCCUCAACUGUGCAUCUCCAUUAAUUAUUCGCAGCAAGAACAGAAAAUCCCCUCAAAUGAGGAAUUGAUGCUGAGUUCCUACACUCUUCUAAUAAAGUGAUCCCCUAAUAAAUCACACGCGUGAUUUUUUAGACAAAAAAAAUUUUGCUUAUUGCACGUUUUGUAAUGAAAUAGAGAACUGUUACGCGCAGGGCAAAAUGUCUGCUUUUUCGCGGAAUGGUAGGAAUAAAGUUCUGAGAGUGAGAUCUGUUGUGAGUUCCAUAAAUUUAUAAUAAUAAAUAAAUAUUAGAUUUUUUUUUUUUUUUUUUUUUGUAAAAAAAAUAUGUCAAAAUUUUUUUUCGAACAGCCUGAUUUUUUUGUCUCAUUAUGCCGAUUGUAAUUAUUGCCAUUUCAUGAAGAUAAAAUCGUUUUUACAUCCAUACCACCACAUGUACAUAUAAAUAUUUUUAUUACUCUUUUUAGCUUGUUACUUGUAUGUCUCCUUUGAAAGACAUUAAUUUUUACAAUCUUGUGAAAUACAUGUUUAUUCUCAUAUUUAUUAAACUGUUGAAAUGUUUCAUAUGCUGAUUGAUUUUUUCAUAUGUAGAUGUAGCAUUCAAUAAAGAAAUAAAAUGUC